GUGAUUACUUCGCACGCGCGGACGUAUAGAUAGUCGAUCGAUAGAUCCUUAUACGUUUUCUGUGACUGUGUUUUGAUACUGUGACAAAACUCCAUUGUGUUUGUGGAAUGCAAUCGUGAUUAUUUAUAUGUGAUUGAAUAAUUUUGAUGGUUUUAUGAUAUGAAUGGGUUCUUUGACAUAUAUUAAGUGACAAAAUGAGGCGAAUGAAAAUGAACCUGAACCCAGAUUUGGGUGACCUCGAAGAGAUGCUCGCACACGUUCAGACCCAGAUCGAACACGAGAUAGUCUUGGAAAAGGAAUCGAAGAUGCCGUCCCUGACCAGCGUCCAGGAAUCGCCGAAAAUGAAGCGUUCGUCUUCCGCGACGAAGGCAGACAGCUUCGAAUACCGCCGGCCGUUGCCUAGACCACAUUUAAAUAGGAUUAACAGCGACGACGGUGUGGUAAUAUCAGACGAUCAAAGAAAUGAAUAUGGCCAAACAAAUGUAAAUCAAAACGGAUUGAGAGGUUCUCAAACAAGUCUUAAAUCAGACGACACAAUUUCCCUCCAAUCAUUUCGUUCGGAGCCGGUCCAGAGGCAUUCUGUCAUGAGCCUCCCGGAUAAAAGGGACAGUGCUUCAUUAAACGGGAGGGGUAAGACGGCUACUUUGCCCAGAGGAUACGGUUCGACGAGAGAGAAGAAUUGGGAGGAUUACUGGGCGCACGAGCAAUCGAUCAGCAGCGCGCGCGCAUCCGUCAUGGUGUACGACGACACCAUGAAACGAUGGAUACCGUCAGGCUCGAGCUCCGGUCUCUCCAAAGUUCAUAUCUACCACCACACCCAGCACAACACCUUCCGAGUCGUGGGCAGGAAACUGAACGAUCACGAAGUCGUAAUAAACUGCGGUAUCGUCCGCGGCCUCAAGUACAACCAGGCGACGGCUACCUUCCACCAAUGGCGCGACGCACGCCACGUCUACGGGCUGAAUUUCUCCUGUCGGGAGGACGCCGAUAGCUUCGCGAGAGCGAUGAUGCAUACAUUGGAGAUCCUAGCGAAUAAAGUCGUCAAUAACACAGCGCCGCCGCCUCCGCAGCCGCCGAACCCGCCCGUGCCGUACAACGGACAUAACAACACUCACUACGAUGAAGAUAUGGGCUACAGAACGAUGACACGCGAAGAUGCGGCGAUACUUCAGCAGCCACAGUACCAUGCGCCCCACCAUCAGCAGCACCAACAGCACCAGCCAAUCCAGCAGCACCAGCCAAUCCAGCAGCACCAGCCUAUCCAGCAGCACCAGCAGCUCCACCAACAGCAUCAGCAGGCGAGCCAGUAUCAUGCGCCACACCAUCAUCAUCCGGCGGUCGUUCCGGCGGCGGCCAGCACGGCGCCCGCGCCGCCCCCCCACGGCGUGCACACGCUGCCGCACGCGCCCGCGCCGCACGGCCACCACCGCACCAACAGCGCCCCCAUGGCGCCCAACAUGUCGCUGUCGGCGGCGGGCGCGCCGGCCCCGCCCCCCGUGCCGCCGCACCAGAACCUGCCCGCGCCCCCCGCGCCGCCCGCGCCGCCCGCGCCGCCCAACGGUCCGAUAGCUCCGCCCACUCCACCCGCGGCUCCUCAACCACCGCCAAUGCAACAGCCAGUGGCACCCCCAGUGCAGGCCCCCGCACCACCACCUCCACCACCACCACAGCCGCAACCGCAGCAGCAGGCUCCCGUCGCGCCAUCGCCCGCCGGGCCCCCGCCCCCGCCUCCCCCACCGCAGCCCCCCGCCGCGGAUCCCACGGGACUCGCCGCGCAACUGCAGCAGGCCAGGCUGAAAAGACAGGCUAAGCAGCAGCAGCAGCAGUCGACGGUGGGCGGCGGCGGCGGCGGCGGCGGCGGCGAGGGCUCCCCGCCGGGCGGCGCGGGCGCGGCGGCGGGCGAGCCCCCGGGCGGCGGCGCGCGCGGCAACCUGCACUGCAUGAUGCACGAGAUGCAGCGCACGCUGGCGCGGCGCCGCGCGCACCUCGCGCACCUCGACCGGAACGAGGAAUCUUCGACGGAGAGUUCGGCAAGCUCCACACCUAUGAAGUCCUGGGAGCGAUCAGCGACACUGCCUCAUCGACUGCCUGCCGCGUGUAACGGCAACACACCGAACACGGAGUGCGCGGCGCCCACGCAGUCCCCGCGCGCCGCCCGCAAGCGCUUCGGCUCCGCCAGCGAGGAGACCAUCCUCAAGCAAGUGAACGGUGGCAACGACAACGGCUGCGCGAGCGCCGCCGACUGGGAGAGCUUCAAGCAGGACGUCAUGCGCGAGAUACGCACGCAAGUGAGCCAGAUGAAGCGGGAGAUACUAGACGCCAUAAAGGUGGAGUUCGCCCGCAGGUAAGCUAGUCGGCGCAGACACCACCGGUGAACGAUUUUAUAUACAUAUACAAAGAAACCACCUGUCCAUAAGUAUGUUGAAUUGUAUAACACCAAGUUUGUAUGUGAAGUUACAAUAUACCGAUAACAUUAUUAUAUAUAUGCUAAUUUAUACUGAAAUUGUUACAAAAUUAAACAGAGAAAUGAGAAAAUAGGUCGUAUAUCGACUUAAAACUACUUCAAUAUCAAACGAUAGAUAUGCCAUUGAAAAAAAAACACAAUACAGUUUAAAUUCUGAUUCUCUAAAUAAACGGCUGUGACAGACAGACGGACACAUAAAUGGUAAACUUUGAUGUAUAGUCUGUGCAAUUAAAUCAUCGGCUACAGAUUAAAAAUACAAUGUCUUAAGUAUUUUACUAAAAUAUACUUAGACUAGAACAUUGAGAUCCUAGAGCUAAACGCUUCUGCCCCAAAAUUGGAUCUUGAUAUUUCCUCUCGUAUUUAUAAAACAUCCGUUCACAAGUGUCGUCUGAGUAUUGUGAUUGAUAUUUAGAGUUGCCAGUUUAAAAAAAAAUAAACAACGAUAGUGCUGCCAUAUGAAACUGGUGAUUUCAUUAAUGGCGACGAUUUCUUUGUAAGGAAUAGUUUGCGCACGAGUAAUGGAGCAUAAAGCAAGUUGUGUUUUUUUUUAAUUUUAUACUUAAAAAAAAUAUUUAUUCGGAUAUGUAUUACCGUGUACGUAGAUUUUAAGACGAUAUACAAUUAAUAAGAUUCCUAUUGAUUUCUGAACGAUAUAUUCUAAAAAUAUUUAUAAUUUUCAUUUAAGCAGACAGUUAUAUAGUCUUUUAUAUAUCUUUUUUUGUAUUUUCUUAUGCUAUUGUAAUUUUUUUCUCAAUACUAACAAAAGUAUUUUUUUUUUAUUCGAUCAGAAAUCGAUAGUUGUCUAAAUAAAAAAAUAUGUGUUAUAAUCAAUUAGUGUCAAGUUAUAUCUAGUAUUAUUAUUGUAUUUAUUGACUAAAUACGGUAAUGGCAACACAGAAGAUAUAAAAAAAAUACUUUUUUUUUUCUUACUGGUCUAUGUUUAUAUAUUUUUUUAUAUGUAAUCUGUGUUGGUAUUAACCAAGAAUUUAGAGGAGUAAGUACUUUACAAGUGAAUGUAUUUAAAGCAAGCUCUUUGCGCUUGUCGGAUGAAAUUAAAAUUUUUUUCGUUUCUUAUUCUUAGGUUGGCUUUUGCAGUAAAUUGUCUUCCAUGAAUUUAUUAAGUAUAAUAAUUCCUAUCAAAAAGGUCAUAACGUACUUUGUUUUUAAUGUUCCCUACACAAUUUUAAAUACAUUGUCAAUAAAGUUAUUAUGGUAAGUCAUAAAAAUUUUCGCGUUUUAGUUCUGGUUCGCAAAUAUAAUAUUAGAGUAUUUACCAGAAUGUACUACGAGUAAUGCGUAUUAUUUUAGCUUUAUAAUUUUUUGCUGAUAUAGGCCAAACUAGAUUUAAGUGCUAAAUAGCGCUUCUAAAAGUUGUUAAUUUCAUCCGACAGAACAGAAAUUGUAUCACAAGUAAUGAAGGUUUUAUUCAAGUACAAGUCAAUAUAACUUUUUGGAAAUCAUCGACUUGUAAACGUCGACGUAGCCAUUUUGUUUUUUUCUGACAUUUUCUUCUCAAAUAAAAAAAAAAUUGAUUAAUUAUAGUUUAAUUUGAGUCACAAUUUCUAAAACUAUUAUUCAAUGUAGAAGCAUUGCAAUCGUUUAUAGUCAAAGUAAAAAUCCAUAACCGGUUCAGAAAAUACCCUGACUUGAUAAGAAAUUCAAGGGGUUUUUGAGCGGGGGUUUAAUUGUAAUGCUUCUUCAACAUACAGAGGAAGAGUAGUGUUAGUAUUAAUCUCAGGCUACGUCAAUGUUUGUAAUUAACGUCACAUUUUAGUUGUAAGUAAUUCACUGACUGAUAUACCAUUCCAUAAAAAAACUGUCCGUUUUUUUAAAUUGACAUUUUAACGUUUUUUUUUUUUUUCAUGUUUUUUUUUUCUUCAUGCAUCGAUAGAUAAUAUUAAACAGUUAUAGUACAAAAUAAAUCAAUGAAUCGAUUGUUUUG